AUGCGUAGUGAUAUUUUCCUCGCGAUCACAAAGAACUCCAUUCCCGUCGCCAUUCCUCUCACCCCUCUCAUCGCCCACUACGCUAUCCUCGAGUUCGCCAAAUCGCCCUCCCGUCUCCCAUUCCUUCGUGCGUCACGUCGCCAUCUCGCCGCCCGUCCCGUCGCCCUCUUCGUCGCCCUCUCUCCCCUCAUCUCCUCCCGCCGGCCUCUCUCUCGCCCCUCCCUACUGAUCGCCCUCCCGUCGCUCUCCGCUCCCUUCCCGUCGCCCUCUCUCUCGCCCCUCCCUUCCCGUCGCGUUCUCUCUCUCUCUGCUCCCUUCCCGUCGCCCUCUCUCUCGCCCCUCCCUUCCCGUUGCGUUCUCUCUCUCUGCUCCCUUCCCGUCGCCCUCUCUCUCGCCCCUCCCUUCCCGUCGCGCUCUCUCUCUCCGCUCCCUUCCCGUCGCCCUCUCUCUCGCCCCUCCCUUCCCAUCGCGCUCUCUCUCUCUGCACCCUUCCCGUUGCCCUCUCUCUCGCCCCUCCCUUCCCAUCGCGCUCUCUCUCUCCGCUCCGCCCUCUCUCUCGCUCCUCCCUUCGAAUCGCGCUCUCUCUACGCUCCCUUCCCGUCGCGCUCUCUCUCUCCGCUCCCUUCCCAUUGCCCUCUCUCUUUCUGCUCCCUUCACGUCCUCCCUUCUCGCUCGCCUCGAAUAGCCCUCCCGGCAACCUUCGACUCUCCCAUCACGUAUGCCCUCCUUUCUCUGACGCCUCUCUCGUUCUCCCUCUGCUAUCGCGUCAUCGUGACCCAUGCCGUACUCUGCUAUUUGCCUAUCCUCUCUCCCGUCGCCUAUCUUUUCUCCCGUCGCCCUCCCGUUUCCCGCCCCCCUCUUGUUUCCCGUCGCCCUCCCUUUUCCCAUCGCCUUCACGUUUCCCGUCGCCCUCCCGUUUCCCGUCGCCCUCCCUUCUUCCGUCGCCCCCCAAUUUCCUACGCCCUCCCUUCCCGUCGCCCUCCCGUUUCCCGUCGCCCUCCCUCUUUCUCUUCAUUCGCAUCACCUUGCCCAUCAUAA